AUGAUGCAGACUCCGUACAAUACUUCAACGCAGGGGCAAUAUUGUCAUUCUUGUGGAAUGUUCCACCACCAUAGCCAAAGCUGCGGCUACAACAACAACUCCAGCUCAAACGCCGGAUCUUACUCGAUGGUGUUCUCCAUGCAAAACGGCGGCGUUGUCGAGCAAAACGGCGAGGAUUACAACCCUUCCUCCGUCGUUGAUUGCACUCUCUCACUUGGAACUCCUUCCACACGUCUUUGCGAGGAAGAUGAGAAACGCCGACGCUCUACUUCCUCAGGUGCUUCUUCUUGUAUCUCCAACUUCUGGGACUUGCUUCACACCAAAAACAACAACUCCAAAACGACGGCGUAUAGUAACGUCCCUUCUUUCUCCACCCACAAGCCACCUCGUGGUUGCUCCAGAGGAAAUGGCGGAGGAGGCGGUGGCGGUGGAGACUCUCUCCUCGCCAGACGCUGUGCCAACUGCGACACCACUUCUACUCCACUCUGGAGGAAUGGUCCUCGAGGCCCUAAGUCCCUAUGCAACGCAUGCGGCAUUCGUUUCAAGAAGGAAGAGAGAAGAACCACGGCUUCUUCAGGGAACACCGUCGUUGGAGCUUCACCUGUAGCAGCUGAUCAGUACGGACAUCACAACGCCGGCUACAACAACUACCAUACUUCCGCUGGUAACAACAAUGGUGCUUCGUGGGCUCAUCAACACGCGACGCAGAGGGGUCCGUGUAAUUAUCCGGCAAACGAGAUCAGGUUCAUGGAUGAUUACAAUGGAGGAGGAGCAAACAACGGCGAUUCAGACGGUGGCGUUCCGUUCCUCUCGUGGAGGCUGAAUGUGGCGGAUAGGGCAAGUCUUGUCCAUGACUUUACCAGAUGA